CGAAAUAAAAAUAGAAAUUGAAAAUCCAGAGAAAAUUAUUACCUUCUCAUCUGACCAUCCGCCCUCUUCUCCAUUUGCAGCAGACCGCCAAUACAAUUCGUCAUAGGGUCGUAUAUGGUCGCCUGCAUUCCUUGUUUUUUGUGUCUCCAAAGGGAUGCCGUCUUUAAACCCUUCACAGUGCUGAAAGAACCCUAGGUGGUCAACUCUUGGCGGUGCUGGCAUUAUACCUGAGCAAUGAGUGCAGUCAAUAUUACAAAUGUCACUGUUUUAGACAAUCCUGCAGCAUUUCUCAAACCUUUCCAGUUCGAGAUUUCUUAUGAGUGCUUGAUUCCCCUCAAGGAUGAUUUGGAAUGGAAGCUCAUUUAUGUGGGGUCAGCUGAGGAUGAGACCUAUGACCAACUCCUAGAAAGUGUUUUUGUUGGGCCUGUUAAUGUUGGCAACUACCGCUUCGUCUUUCAGGCAGACACUCCUGAUCCUUCAAAGAUCAGGGAGGAGGAUAUAAUUGGUGUAACAGUUCUGCUGCUGACUUGUUCUUAUAUGGGACAGGAGUUUAUCAGAGUAGGCUACUAUGUGAAUAAUGACUAUGAUGAUGAACAGCUUAGGGAGGAACCACCCCCAAGGGUGUUGAUUGAUCGGGUUCGGAAAAACAUUUUGGCUGACAAACCCCGGGUUACCAAGUUCCCCAUUAACUUCCAUCCAGAAACCAAUGAGAGCAGUGAACCACCACCGCCGCCUUUACAUGAUCAUAUUGAUGAUGAUCAAGAUCCUUAGUUUCCCACAACAUGAACCUGUACUCAUUCGAGUCUUUUCUUUUAAUUUCAUAGACCAGAAGAACAAAGUUAACAAGAUCCUUAGUUUACCACAACAUGAACCUGUACACAUUCAAAUCUUUUCUUUUAAUUUCAUUUACCAGAAGAACAAAGUUAAGUCA